GAGGAGGAGGAGGAGGAGGAGUGGGAGGAUCCACUCGCUUCAGUUUUGAUCUGAGACUUUCUGCAGCGACAGGGGCCACAAGCAGCCAACCGUCUGUGUUCCAACCAAACAGUUCCUGCCGGGACAUCUGCAUAUUCCUCACGCUCCUACCUCUGGAUUUGUUGUCAACUUUUUUUGCCCCACGUUGUUGUUUUUUUUUCUCUCCUGUUGUUGUUGUUCCUCCUCCUCCUCCUCCUCCUCCGCGGUGAGACUGUCACUCGGAGUUCUGCAGCUCUUCCUCUCCCGGCGGCUUCAGGGGGGAGAACCUAAAGCUCUCCUCGGUCCUCUGGCCCUACUAACAGGUCUGGUGUCGGUGGAGCGCCUCUCCGCGGGAGGACAGUCCGGGACGCGCAUCAUGCUGGACGGCAUCAAAAUCGAAGAUCACCCGCUGCGAUCAGGUCCAGCCACCAUGGGAGUCAUGCUGGGAUGUAAUGACAUGUCCUGUCCUCCUGCAGGCUCCGACUGCCCCCACAGGUCGGUGUGUGAGGGCUGCCAGAGGCCCAUCUCCGACCGCUUCCUGAUGCGGGUCAACGACUCGUCGUGGCACGAGGAGUGUUUGCAGUGCACGGUGUGUCAGCAGCCUCUCACCACCAGCUGUUACCUCCGAGAGAGGAAACUUUACUGCAAACACGACUACCAACAGUUAUUUGCCACCAAAUGCAGCGGCUGCAUGGAGAAGAUCGCCCCGACGGAGUUCGUGAUGCGAGCUCUGGAGUGCGUCUACCACCUGAACUGCUUCUGCUGCUGCGUGUGUGAUCGGCAGCUCCGAAAGGGCGACGAGUUUGUCCUGAAGGAGGGUCAGCUGCUCUGCAAGAUUGACUACGAGAGGGAGAAGGACUUGCUCAGCUCCGUCAGUCCGGAUGACUCAGACUCAGAGAAAAGUGACGACGAGGAGCUGGACGUCAAGCCAGAGAAAGGCAUUGGAAGUCAGGGGAAGGGUGACGACGGGAAGGACCCGAGGAGACCCAAAAGACCACGAACCAUUCUGACCACUCAACAGAGACGGGCCUUUAAGGCCUCCUUUGAGGUGUCCUCAAAACCCUGCAGAAAGGUGAGGGAAACGUUGGCUGCAGAGACAGGACUCAGUGUUCGAGUGGUCCAAGUGUGGUUUCAGAACCAGAGAGCUAAGAUGAAGAAGUUGGCCAGAAGACAGCAGCAACAGCAAGAACAACAGAAUUCCCAAAGGCUGGGCCAAGAGGUGAUGUCUAAUCGCAUGGAGGGGAUGAUGAACUCCUUCACGCCGCUGGCUCCGCCGCAGCAGCAGCUGGUCGCCAUGGAUCAGAACGGUUACAGCACAGACCCUUUCCAACAGGGGCUCACACCCCCACAGAUGCCAGGGGACCAUAUGAACCCAUAUGGUAACGAUUCUGCGUUCCAUGACAUCGACAGCGACACGUCUUUAACCAGCCUCAGCGACUGCUUCAUGGCGUCGUCAGAAGUCAGCUCCAUGCAGGCCCGUGUGGGGAACCCAAUCGAUCGCCUCUACUCCAUGCAGAACUCUUACUUUGCAUCGUGAAAAAAGCGGGACUGAAAACAUCAAAGCAUCAGCACAGGAAAAAAAAGAGAGCGAGAGAAAGAAAGAGAGAGAGAGG